UCUCAGGGCAGUGACUUUGCUUUCUACAUUGAAGAAGUUAAUUGGGCGGUGAGCCGAAUUCAACGACGCCGCACGGAUCUGUUCUUUGUCAAUCGUGAAAAAUGGAGAAAUCUUGUUCUCUGCUGGUGCAUUUCGACAAGGGCACUCCAGCUCUGGCUAAUGAGAUCAAGGAGGCCCUUGAAGGGAACGAUGUUCCAGCGAAGAUUGACGCCAUGAAGAAUGCUAUCAUGCUUUUGUUAAAUGGUGAAACUUUGCCGCAGCUGUUCAUUACGAUAGUUAGAUAUGUUCUACCGUCGGAGGACCACACGGUCCAGAAGCUGCUGUUGCUCUAUUUGGAAAUCAUUGAUAAGACUGAUGGGAAGGGGCGUGUGUUGCCGGAAAUGAUCUUAAUCUGCCAGAACCUCCGGAAUAAUCUCCAACAUCCUAAUGAGUAUAUCCGUGGUGUCACUUUGAGGUUCCUUUGCCGGCUCAGUGAAGUGGAGAUCAUCGAACCUUUAAUUCCCUCUAUUAUGUCGAAUUUGGAGCACCGACACCCUUAUGUUAGGAGAAAUGCAAUUCUUGCUGUGAUGUCGAUAUACAAGCUCCCACAAGGUGAGCAGCUCCUGGUUGAUGCUCCGGAGACAAUUGAGAAGUUUUUGUCGUCAGAGCAGGAUUCGUCGGCUAAAAGAAAUGCAUUUCUUAUGCUUUUCAACUGCGCCCAGGAUCGUGCUAUCAAUUACCUUUUGACUAAUGUUGACAGAGUAUCGGACUGGGGGGAGCUGAUGCAAAUGGUUGUCUUGGAGCUGAUUCGAAAAGUUUGCAGGACAAAUAAAGCUGAAAAGGGGAAAUAUAUCAAGAUUAUCAUCUCUUUGCUGAAUGCUCCUUCGGCUGCUGUAGUUUAUGAAUGUGCUGGAACUCUUGUUUCUCUGUCUUCAGCUCCCACAGCUAUAAGAGCUGCAGCAAAUACAUAUUGCCAGCUUCUUCUCUCUCAGAGUGACAAUAAUGUUAAGCUGAUUGUGCUUGAUCGGUUGAAUGAGCUCAAGUCUUCCCACAAGGAUAUUUUGGUCGACAUGAUAAUGGAUGUUUUGAGGGCACUGUCAAGCCCAAACCUUGACAUCCGGAGAAAAACACUCGAUAUUGUUUUGGAAUUGAUCACUCCCCGCAAUGUCAAUGAGGUGGUUCUAACUCUGAAGAAGGAAGUAGUGAAAACUCAAAGUGGAGAGCUUGAAAAAAAUGGGGAGUACCGUCAGAUGCUCAUUCAAGCAAUUCAUUCGUGUGCUAUUAAGUUCCCUGAAGUGGCAAGCACGGUGGUCCAUUUAUUGAUGGAUUUCUUGGGAGACAACAAUGUAGCAUCUGCAAUGGAUGUCGCCAUUUUUGUGCGUGAGAUAAUUGAAACCAACCCGAAGUUAAGAGUUUCUAUCAUCACCAGGCUUCUCGACACUUUCUAUCAGAUCCGGGCUGCAAGAGUAUGCUGUUGUGCUCUUUGGAUUAUUGGAGAGUAUUGUCUCUCGCUUUCUGAAGUUGAGAGCGGCAUUGCUACUAUAAAGCAGUGCCUCGGAGAAUUACCGUUCUUUUCCAUAUCUGAAGAUGAGGAAACUAAUGAUUCUUCGAAGAAAACACAGCAGGCGCCUUCGAUUACUGUUUCUUCUAGAAGGCCAGCAAUUCUUGCUGAUGGAACAUAUGCCACUCAAAGUGCUGCCUCUGAGACUGCUUUCUCUGCUCCAACUGUUGUCCAAGGAUCACUGACGACUGGGAAUUUGAGAUCGCUUCUUCUCACUGGUGAUUUUUUCCUUGGAGCAGUUGUUGCUUGCACUCUUGCAAAGCUCAUUCUGAGAUUAGAAGAAGUUCAGCCAUCUAAAAUUGAAGUUAACAAAGCUUCGACUGAUGCUUUGUUAAUUAUGAUAGCUAUGCUGCAGUUGGGACAGUCCUCAGUUCUCCCUCACCCAAUUGACAAUGAUUCUUAUGACAGGAUUGUUGUCUGCAUAAGGUUGCUGUGUAACACUGGGGAUUCUGUGAAGAAGAUCUGGCUGAAAUCUUGCCGUGAGAGUUUUGUUCAAAUGCUUUCAGACAAACAGCUGCGUGAAACUGAAGAAAUCAAAGCUAAAGCUCAGACUUCUCAUUCACAGCCAGAUGACCUUAUUGACUUCUACCAUUUGAAGAGUCGCAAGGGCAUGAGCCAGCUGGAGUUGGAAGAUCAGGUCCAAGACGAUCUUAAACGUGCUACUGGAGAAUUUGUCAAGGAUGGAGAUGAUGCCAAUAAGUUAAAUCGUAUCAUUCAACUGACAGGAUUCAGCGACCCUGUAUAUGCUGAAGCUUUUGUGACAGUUCAUCAUUAUGAUAUUGUCCUGGAUGUUACGGUUAUUAAUAGAACAAAGGAUACCCUUCAGAAUCUCUGUCUGGAGCUGGCCACAAUGGGCGAUCUUAAGCUUGUUGAACGGCCUCAGAAUUAUACACUUGCUCCCCAGUCAAGCAAGCAAAUCAAAGCAAACAUCAAGGUCUCCUCUACUGAAACUGGAGUUAUAUUUGGCAACAUUGUUUAUGAGACCUCGAAUGUUCUUGAGAGGACUGUUGUCGUUCUCAAUGAUAUCCAUAUUGAUAUUAUGGACUACAUAUCCCCUGCUGCUUGUAGCGACUCUGCUUUUAGAACAAUGUGGGCUGAAUUUGAAUGGGAGAAUAAGGUUGCUGUCAAUACAACAAUUACAAAUGAGAAAGAAUUCCUUGACCACAUAAUCAACUCCACCAAUAUGAAAUGCCUAACUGCACCAUCUGCUCUCGAAGGUGAAUGUGGGUUUCUGGCUGCUAAUCUGUAUGCGAAAAGUGUGUUCGGGGAGGACGCUUUGGUAAAUGUCAGCGUUGAGAAGCAAGCUGACGGAAAACUUAAUGGAUACAUUCGGAUAAGGAGCAAGACGCAGGGCAUUGCCCUCAGCUUGGGCGACAAGAUCACGCUCAAGCAGAAGGGAGGAAAUUGAUUUUCAUACUGGUGAAAUUUGUGUUUUUGUGAUUGACAGGACAAUGAGAAAUAUGAUAGGGAGGGAGGGAAGGGAGCAUUUGUUUUUUCUGUGGAGUUUAUUAUAUAUAUAUAUAUAUAUUAUGUUUUCAUGCCCAAAAAAAAGAUGUAAUAUUUGGAUUCAUUAUAUUUUUGUAGAGAAUUGAAGAAGAAGAAGAUAUGUGGUUUCCAACUUCUAAAAUAAUUACAGUUUCUAGUGUUUGUUUUUA